AUGGUUUUGCUCUUUGCCGCAAAUACCGCGGACACAGCAUUGGAGCUAACGGAGGAGGAGCAGGCGGUGCAAAACUCGCUGCUGCAGCGCGAGCGGUCUAGGCGAGAGGAUGCAGAGAUGUCCAAGGCGGCGGCUGCGCCGUCAGACUCGUCGGGACCCGCUUCGCCAGUCAAAGCAGCCGGCCAAACCUCCGCUGCCUUUGGCGACGCCUCAUUUGGCGCCACCCCCGCGGGAACGGCUGCGAUGGUGCUCAAGGGCCGGCCUGAGGAGCAUGACGCGCCGCUCGGGCAGAUCCAGACGGUGCAGGUCAAGGAGGAGGUGAUCAAGGAGGUGGUGCGCGAGGUACCAAAGAUGGUUUCGGUGCCGGUGGAGGUGAUCAGAGAGGUGCCCAUCGAGGUGAUCAAGGAGGUGGAGAAGAUUGUGUACCGCGAUGUCAUAAAGGAGGUGUUUGUGGACGUCAUCAAAGAGGUGCCCAAGGUGGUCGAAGUGGUCAAGGUGGUCGAGGUGCCGAUUGUCAAGGAGGUGGUGCUGGAGCAGGUGCGCGUCGUUGAGAAGCCGGUGACGCAGGUGGUUGAGAAGGAGGUGAUCAAAGAGGUGGAGGUGGUGAAAGAGGUGGUGAUCGAAAAGGAGGUGGAGCGCAUCGUCGAGAAGGUUGUCGAGGUCAUCGUCGAGAAGCCCGUCGAGAUUGUCAAGGAGGUGUUCCGCGGCGUGCCGUACGAGGUGAUCAAGGAGGUGGAGGUGGUCAGGGAGGUGGAGAAGCUGGUGGAGGUGCCGUACGAGACGAUCCGCGAGGUGGUGGUGGAGGUGAUCCGGGAGAAGGAGGUGCCAGUCGUGCAGGAGGUCGUCACCGAGGUCGUCAAGGAGGUGCCCGUCGAGGUGCCGAAGGAGGUGUUUGUCGACCGAAUUGUCGAGGUCAUCGUCGAGAAGCCGAUCGAGAUCGUCAAGGAGGUUAUCAAGGAGGUGCCGAUCGAGGUGAUCCGCGAGGUGGUGGUGGAGAAGCAGGUGCCCGUCGACAAGGUCAUCAUCCAGGAGGUGAUCAAGGAGGUGCCCGUCGACCAGGUGAUCAAGGAGGUGCCGCGCGACGUGGUGCGCGAGGUGCCGGUCGAGGUGGUCAAGAUCCAGGAGGUGCCCGUCGAGGUGGUCAAAUGGACGGACCGCGAGGUGGUCAAGGAGGUGGAGGUGCCACGGUACCUGACCCCCGACAUCGUGCACGUCGACCACUCGAGGACCGUCUCCAUCCCGUCGAGCUCGCAGUCCUUUAGCAACACAACGCCGCAGCCAGGCUUCCGCUCGUACACCGUGCCGCGCGAGACGUACCAGACCACGCCGCGCACCGAGAGGGUGCGCGCGCCGGAGCCGCAACGCGUCCAGACGGAGCUGCUCUCGACGCGCAGCUACUCGGGUGACGCGAUUGACGAGCUAAUCAAGGCGGCGCUCUCGGGUGGCGAGCAGCGCGUGCCGCCGUCCGAGACGGGCGCCGCUAGGGUUGCGGGAGGGCACAAGGUGUACGAUUCGUCGGGUUCUGCGGUCAAGCACGACCUCUUCCGCGGGCGCUUUGCCGCGUGGAAGGGCAGCGACGGGCGAGGCGUCACGAGCGAGGCGGGCAGCUCGGGUGAGCUGCGGGUGAGUCUGCCGGAGCCGCGGGUGUCGCACACGUGCGGCGAGCCCAUGCCCCGCGCGGUGUCGCCGCUGCGGGGGAGCGACGCGAGCCUCGGGAUGCGAGAGUCAAUGAGUGUGGCGGGGAAUGAGUCAGCAGAGAGCAGUGGGAGUGCCGACGCGCGUGUUUAUGCCGACGGCAGCUAG